GGGACGUUUUGAUGGUGAUGACCACUUCAUCGACGUCUGGGUACUUUUAUCACAGCUGCACAGGGUCGGCCGAUGUCCAAAGUGACUCAUGACUUUCGAGAAGAACACCAAAGAGCACACGAGGACUGACCUUUUCUUUCCAGAUCUUUGUAGGGUCCUAGUGAUGCAAGAAGAAGAUGGACGCAAUCCAUCCCACAGACAACCAGAGCAGCAGGCAAUCUCUUUCGGGAAACUUUACGGGUAAGAAUAGAGUAGAGGAAACCAAAGAUUCGCUUGAUUCUUUUAAGACACUCGUCCAGUCAGGAGGCACGACCAUUCCAAACUUUGAAACGACGCAAAACUGGUGAUGCGCGGGCUGACGAAACAACCGAGUAGGAUAUCCAGUCGCCUCGCAGAACAAGAAAAAAGACAAUUUUUCGGUACGGCGCCAUAUGUACGACGCGUUUUUCUUCUUUUUGUGAACCACACAAACACUGUAAACUCCUGCGGCCGCACACCAUAGCUGGUCACAAGCUUGUUUCUCGUUUCGUAGCGCUUGCUCGUUUUCUAUUCUUUUUCGUUGCGAUCGAUCUUUCCUUUGUCCUGGUGACACACAACACAAGCAGAUAAAAGUUCUUCGAGAUCACUUCACAUCUUCCCUUCUCGACACCUCGCAAAGGGAGAUCCCUUUCCUCUUGCGAUCUUGGAGGCCGAUCCAGCGACCCUUUGGAGGAAUUCGGGAGCCCAUCAUCGUUUCCCAGCAGCCCAGUUCCGCGAUCCGCCGAUCCAGCCUGGUCAUGCGCAGGCGUUUCAAGGGGCUGGUCAAGAGACUGCUCUUGAGAUCGUCGAGAAAGGACCACAUCGUUGGCUCGUUCAGGGACAGUGGUCUUCUCAGGCUGGCCUCGUCCUCAACGAGGAACAACGCGAGGAUGAUCCUCGUCCAAUCCCAGGAGCUUGGAGACAUGGAGGAGAACGACGCGGUAUCGGGUCAACCUCUGGAGGACAAUUCCUUGGAUAGUUUCCACUCGUGCAAGACUUCCAUCUCCUCGAGCGAUCACCUCCCGAUUCAUGAUCAUCCAGCGGCAGUCGCGGCAGUAGAAGAUUCAACAGCAUCCUUCAAUCUCCGGAUCUAUGCCGUGACUUGGAACAUGAAUGGCAAGAUCCCACACGACUCUCUUCCCAAGCUUCUAGAAAACGGGAGAGGUGACUACGACUUAUACGUGAUUGGGAUCCAAGAAUCGCCAGUUUCUUCGCUGAGGCGUGUUCUCCAUCCCAUUCUCGGCAAACAGUACAGCUUUGUGGCAAAGUCAGUGAUGGGCUCGCUGCAGCUCUACGUGUUCGGGAAAUGUUGGCUGCAACAUCACAUAUCCGCCAAGAAAGUUGAUAAAGUUCGAUUCAAGGGCUUUGGUGGAGUUGUAGGAAGGCAGAAAGGCGCUGUAGCCGCGUCCUUUUGUAUCGGCAAUUCAUCCUUCCUCUUCAUUGCGUCCCACUUUGCCGCUCACGAGAAGAAGGUGAACGAGAGGCACGUUCAGUACUCGCGAACCCGGCAGAAGAUCUUUUCGCCGCCGAGCACCUCACAAGAACAGCCCGGCAGCAACUUCAUGGACGAGUCCGACGUUGUGGUCUGGCUCGGAGAUCUAAACUAUAGAAUCGAAGGCAGCAGAGGUCUCGUCAAAUCGUUCGUGAAACAAAACCUUGAGAAGCUGCUAUGGAAACGCGAUCAGCUCUUCAACGCAGUGGACAAAGGCGAGGUCUUUAAUGGAUUCGUGGAAGGACCUCUCGAGUUUAAGCCAACUUACAAGUACGAUGUUGGAACGGACGACUAUGAUACGAGUGGCAAGGAAAGGGUUCCAUCCUGGACAGAUAGAAUUCUUAUCAAGAUUAGAGAUGAAAGCUCUAUCAGCCUGGAUGUUGACAACUAUCAGUCAAUCGAUUCUUUGCGGAGUUCCGAUCACAGGCCUGUCAAGGCACUUCUUCGCGUCACCAAUCUCAGCUAGAGCAAGUCCCCAACUCUCCAAAGUUUUGACAGAUAGUUGUGACAUAAAAAGGUUGUAAUUUUCUAUACGUCCAUAUCUCUUCCAUGCUGAAGAUCAUGGGAGGUGGAUUUUAAUGAGAUUUCACUUUCAACUUUA